GCGGGGGCGCUGUCCGGUAAGUGAGCAGCUUUGACCGGCGGAGAAGCUGCUCCGUUGCUACGUCACCAUAUUUCAUCGGAUGCCAUAAAACAGCGUGGAAAAGCCUGGAAGUUUUACCCUAAAAGCUGCCAGAAUUAGAGACAGAAUGAGGGAAGCUGCUGUGCUGCUCGCAUCCUGUGUAGCUGUGUGUCUCCUCCCGAGCUUCAGUCUGUCCGCCAGACAAGGGCAGGACCUCCGAUGUGGAGCAUGCAGGGCUCUGGUCGAUGAGAUGGACUGGGCCAUAUCCCAGAUAGACCCAAAGAAGAUGAUCCAGACCGGAUCGUUCAGGAUCAACCCGGAUGGGAGUCAGUCCAUCAGAGAGGUUCCUCUGGCCCGCUCUGAGGGAAACCUCCUUGAGCUGAUGGAAAGAGUCUGUGAGAGGAUGGAGGACUAUGGAGAGCGCACAGAUCCAUCUACAAACAGGAAGUCCUACAUCAGGGUCAAGUCUCGCACCGGGGAGCCAAUGGACCUCUCAGAGGCCGCCCUGGACUCCAGAGUCACAUCCAGUUUAAAAUUUGCAUGUGAAACGAUUGUUGAACACCACGAAGAUGAACUUAUUGAAUUCUUUUCUCAUGAAACGGAUAACGUCAAAGACAAGCUCUGCAGUAAAAGGACAGACCUCUGUGACCACGCCUUAAACAUUCCCCACGAUGAACUUUGAUGUUCCCCCGUCAGAGCCACGGACUCUGACACAAACGGAAACAUUGGGUGCUGUAAUUUCUCGGGACGUUGCCUCAAGAUGUAAACAAAUCUUCUUUUUUUUAUACGAGAUAACAGAAUUUAGGAGCACUUUUAGUUAAAUUAUGCUGUUGUUUGGUUACCCCUCUGCUGUACUGUAUAUUUAUCCAUUCUUUCUCUGGUCUACCUGUCAAACACUCCAACAUUAGACUCAGACUGUGAACAUUAAGUGUUAAUAAAGUGUCCUUGACUGAUUUCCUUCUCUCUGUGAAAGACAAGACUCAACAGCUAUGGAGUAAAUUUUGUACCAAUAUUGUUGCCAACGAAGAACUUGAACAGAAAUUAGAGGGAACAAUUGCAAUCCAAGAAUAAAAGUUUGAAAAACUUAGUCAAAAAAGGUUUUGUGAGUACCUCUUUUAAACAUUUUAUUCAUAUUUAAUUUUUUCAAACCUAAUUUUUUAUCCCCCAUUUUAUUUUUUUAAAUUUCUAUUUUUCAGAUUGAGUUUUAUAAAUUGCCUUCUUCCAGACUGAUUUGCAAUAUUCACUUCAAGCCCGAUACAAGCACUCACUAAUGACUAAUGCAAUGUUGUUACUAACAUCCAGCAGACCAAUAGAAAUGCGUCUUCAGUCCUCGAUGCAGAGGAAAGCCCCGCCCCCAGAAUUGAACAGAAUAUGAUCUGCAAAACACAAUUGGUAAAAUUCAGUCUGAAAAAGGGAUAUUUGAAACAAAGUUUAACAUGAAAAUAUAAAACUUGUUGAAAAAUUAUAUUUAAAAAAAAUUAUUUAGAAAAAAUAACAUUUUAAAGUAAAUAUCAAAUCUGAUAAAUAUGUAAAGUUGAUCUCAAAACUGCUUUUUAUUAAAGGGGUCUUUUUUUUUUUUUUUUUUUAGUUGAAUUUUUCAUUUUUGCAUUGCUUUUAUUUUUUCCUCCGAUUUGCAAAACACUUUCUUUACUUGCAAUAAUAAUGGAACAACAUUCACUCCAUAGGUUUCUCUAAUCCAGAUAAAUGGUUCGUAAGGAAGAAAAACUCUGACAAAGUCCUGUCACUGUUUUAUCUCCAACAGGAUAAAACAUAAAAACUUCAAACAGUUAAAGUGGGGUUUUUUUCAGUUUGUCUUGAGAUUUGUUUUCCCUUUAAAAAGCUGUUGGAUUCUCAGUGGCAUGUUGUUUAGUUAUUUAAAAAUAAAAUGAUCAAGAUCUUUUUUUUAUAACAUUUUUAUCGACAUUAUUAAAUAAUCGGUUUACAUCCAAGUGUGAGAAUUUGUAAUAAAAUAUCCAGCCUUUAGUGAUCCUGUUUCAUGGUCAGUUAUUCAUAAAUGACCAGAUCUCCUUUAUUAAUGUGACAUUUUUUCAUCAUUAUUUAAUUAAAACACUGUCUUUGGUGACAAUAA